UUAAUAUUCUAAGGUUUAAGCUUUACAUCAAAUAACUAAAGCAUAACUGAAGGAGGGAAAAUAAUAUGAAAUCGAUAUACAUGAUGACGUCACACCCGCCUGACUCGGUUGCCUUGUCCGCCUCACUGAAAUUGGUCUUAUUAGAAAACUAACAAAAACUUAACCUCUAAGUUUGACAGUUACUAUUCAUCAAAGUUAAAUGUCACACAACACCUUUAAAAAAGUAACAAAAUAACAUUUUGUGGGAAAAAUGAGUAACGUUUACAUUCUAGAACCUCCAACUACAGGAAAGGUUCUAUUAAAAACAACAGUUGGUGAUAUCGAUGUUGAACUGUGGACUAAAGAAACCCCCAAAACAUGCCGCAAUUUCAUACAAUUAUGCCUUGAAGGCUACUACGACAAUACAAUUUUUCAUCGAGUUAUAAAAGGUUUCAUUGUGCAAGGAGGUGAUCCAAAUGGGGAUGGAACAGGAGGUGAAUCAAUUUAUGGCGAACCGUUCAAAGAUGAAUUUCAUCAAAGAUUGCGCUUUACGCGUAGAGGAUUGCUCGCUAUGGCGAAUGCGGGAAAAGAUGACAAUGGGUCCCAGUUUUUCUUCACACUGGGGGCUGCGCCCGAAUUACAAGAAAAACACACCAUUUUUGGAAAGAUUACUGGGGAGACAAUUUUUAACAUGCUUAAGCUUGAAGAAGGAUUAGUGAGAGAUGAAAGGCCGGUUUACCCACAUAAAAUUAUAAGAGCAGAAGUGUUGAACAACCCUUUCGCCGAUAUUGAACCUAGAAUGAGACAAGUGGAAGUGAAGGAGAAGAAAAAGAAAGAGAAAAAACCGGGAGUCAAAAAUUUUAAGCUGCUAUCUUUUGGAGCAGAAGCUGAGGAAGAUGAAGAACAGUCAACAAGAGAAAAUGAAAAAUUUGUAGGAAAAGGAAAAUCAACACAUGAUAUAUUAGAUGACCCAAAACUGAGCUCCAAAACUGAAGACAUUGAUUCAGAAGAUACUGAAGAUGAGGUUGAUCCUGAACAACAACUUGAGACCAUACGGAAAAAGUUAAAGAGGGACCAUAAAAAGGCCGUACCUGUUGCAUCAACAACAGCUGAACCAUUAGAUACCUAUGAAUCUUUUUUAGAAGAACAGAGGCAAGAAAAAAAGAAAAAGCAAUAUGACGAAAUUCAGAAGGAAAUUCAAAAUGUAAAAAAAGAAUAUCACCAAAAUAAAUUAAAAAAGAAAGAAGAGAAAGCUUUAGAAGAAAAAGAAGUGGAGAAAAAUGAAACAGUGCAAGAAUACAUCAAUGAAUAUGAUAAAUAUAAAAAUAAAACUAAAGCGUUACCAAAAAAAGGCGCAGGGAGGGAAAAGUUUACAUUAGAGUUAUUAGACAAAUUCAAAAAAAAGUUGCAGUCAAUGAAAGAUGGGGAAGAGACACAAGAUGAGGAGGAACGUGCUUGGUUAAAACAUAGGCUCUGUUUUGAAGAAAAAUCUCCUAUUUUAGCUAAAGAUGCUAACAGAAAAGACGAUGAUUGGUUUGAAAUUUAUGAUCCUAGAAAUAGUUUAAAUAAAAGAAGACGUGGUGAAACUGUUGCUAAAUUUAGUGGAAAGUAAAAUACAAUUUUUGUAAGCACCAAAUAAAUUAACAUUUGAAU